AUGGAGAUUAGUCCAGACGGAUCUAGAGUGACCAAGACUAACAUGGGCUCAUCCAGACUGACCAAGGCUGGUCCAGACUGGCCGAUUAAGAUGUGUGUUCUUCUCUGCAGUGUGUAUCAGGUGGUGGUGGAGGAAGAGCGCCCUCGUCGGGCUCGUGGUGGUGAAGCGGAGAUCCUGCGCUGUUUCCCGGUGCCGGUUCACUAUCAGAACGCCAGCAGUCUGAGCUCUCGCUAUUACUACAGCGCAGAAUUCCCAUCCGCCGGCGUCCCGUCAGCGCAACCCUUCACCAUCGGGGACAACCGAACAUACAGCGGCUACUGGAACCCUCCGCUACUGCCGCACAAGAGCUACAGCGUCUACUAUCAGGCGGUCAGCACCGCCAACGGGGAGACGAAAAUCGACUGUGUUCGAGUGGCCACCAAAGCUGCUAUCUUGGUCACUCAACUCACCACUCCUUACGUUCGCAUCGCUCCGGCCGCUGGAGACAACCAGCUAACAGGAGCGGCGACACACAAGCCCAGCGCGGUGGAGCCGGAGAAACAGACGGACCACACGGUGAAGAUCGCCGGAGUCAUCGCAGGAAUAUUACUCUUCGUCAUCAUCUUCCUCGGCGUGGUGCUGCUCAUGAAGAAACGGAGAACCUAUCAGUCCUACACUUAUUACCUGUAAGUAGACCAGCUCUGUUGAUGUUGUGCUGCAU